UGAACAGGAAGCUUUUCAAAGAACACUUCUAUUCAGAAACAGAAGUUAACAGUCAGACCUGAUAUUCACUCACAGCAUGGCAUCCUCCAGCGGUCCACUAAAUGAGGAGCUCAAGUGCUCCAUCUGUCUGGAUGUGUUCACUGAUCCAGUCACCACUCCAUGUGGACACAACUUCUGCAGAACCUGCCUGAACAAGUGCUGGACAAGCACACAGACCUGGUUCUGUCCAUUCUGUAAAGAAACAUUCAGCAGAAGGCCUGACCUUGAGAUCAAUACAACCAGUGGCACCGUAAUGGGGGGUAAGCAAACUCUACAGAGAUCCCAAGUCAAUAUGAUAUUCAGGGGGCCCAGAAACCAUAGCGGCGCCCCUGAAUACAAUGCUGAGAGUUUUGCGCAACACUUUAAGGAGAAGCUCAAUCUAGGAAGACCUGAGGUGUUCUGUGACUUCUGUGAUGAAAGAAAGCAGAAAGCCGUGAAGUCCUGCCUGACGUGUCAAAGCUCUUACUGUGAGACUCACCUGGAGCCUCAUCACAGAGUCCCACGUCUAAAGAAACACACACUGAUCAACGCUGUGGAAAAUCUGGAGGAUUAUAUAUGCCAGAAACACGAGAGACCUCUGGAGCUGUUCUGCAGAGAUGAUCAGAGGAGUGUGUGUCUGUCGUGCACUGAAGGAGACCACAGGACUAACAACCCUGUUCCUAUAGAGGAGGAGAGUCAGGAGAAGAAGGCAUUAUCAUCAGAAGUGGAAUCAGCAGCAAGAGCUCUUAUUGAUGUGUUAGCCAGGGGCCUGGGUCCAUCUUCAUCAAGUGGCCUUACUCCUUUGCCUACUCUGUCAGAACCUGAAAAUAGGGUGAGGCAGGCAUUAAAAAGGCAAUUCACAAGUAUGUUUGGGACUGAAAAUGACCAGCCUAGGGGCAAAAAGCGUUUCCCUGUGGCCAAACCUGAUGUGAAAAAGACAGAUUUUCUAAUUUAUGUGCUCUCCGAACACACCCUGUUUGCUCCAAAAGGAGAUGAAGACCUAAAACUUGUACAUGCUGGGCUUGGGAAGAGGCUGUUAACUGUUCCAGACAGUUUUAAACACAGUGAGGUUGUGGUGAGCGGCGGCGAAAGCUGUCUAUAA